AUGAGCAUUGGACAGAGACUUAUACCCCAAGUCAUCGACGACCUGGCAGGAUCGUAUCCCGACGAUGUUUGGGCAGCAUAUCCUUCUUCGAUGGAAGCCCUGGCCCAAGGUGACCUGACAUAUAUCACCUGGAAGACGUUGUCAAACUCCAUAAACCGACUGGCAUGGUGGUUGACUGAUCGCUUGGGAGAGGGUGGGAAGCUAGACACACUUUGCUAUGUUGGCCCUUCGGACAUUCGCUACUUCAUGUUUGCCACGGCAGCUUGCAAAGCUGGCUAUAAGGCCCUUUUCUCGUCACCACGCAACCAAAUUGCCGCGCACAUAUCGCUCAUAGAAAAAACCCAGUGCAGCACGCUAGUCGGAGUCAAGAACCCCGUUGUCGAGAACAUUUUAGACAACUCGGUGGUGAAAUUCUUAGAAAUUCCAACACUUGAUGAGCUUCUCCACUCAGAAAAGGCCAGACCGUUCUUGUAUCAACAAAGCUACGAAGAGGCUGCUGAACAGCCGUUCCUUGUUCUGCACACCUCGGGAUCCACCGGUUUACCGAAGCCGGUGACGAUCACACAUGGCCUCAUGGCCUGUAUCGACGCCCAGAAACUACUACCACCUGUUGGCGGAAGACAUGUCACAUCACGGAACUACAGAGGCAAUCAUGUAUACACGGCUCUGCCUCCGUUCCACUCAGCGGGUGUCAACUUCUUCGGAUUCUCUGUCUUCCAAGGCACGAGACUUGUACUAGGUCCGCCGGAAAAGAUUCCAUCGCUCAAAGUUGUUCAGCACAUGCUUGAGCAGAAGCUCGCGAAGGCUGGCGUGAUGGCGCCCACGAUUCUCGAAGAGGUAGCUGAAUCACCAGACACACUCCAAAGACUGUCUGACUGGACCAGUGUCUCAUUUGGAGGCGGCCCACUAUCUCUGAAGGCAGGAAACACGCUAUCAAAAUACACGACUGUUUUCAACAUCCUUGGAUCCACCGAGACAAAGAAUUUGCCCGAGAUCACUCCGGCUUCGCCUGAAGAUUGGCAAUACCACGAAUUUCAUCCUGCUCUCGGCAUCGACUUCCGACACCAUUCGGGAGAGUUGCAUGAGUUGGUGUUCCAGCGCCAGCCCGAGAAUGGCCUGUACUUUGCACCGUUCCGCACAUUCCCCGACCUGCAAGAAUAUCCCAUGAAAGACUUAUACUCACCACAUCCGACAAAGUCAGGUCUUUGGCUCUACCAAGGAAGAGCAGAUGACAUUAUUGUACUGGCCAACGGAGAAAAGUUCAACCCCAUCGAAGCCGAGCAGAUCAUCUCAUCCCACCCAAACAUCAAAGCAGCGAUCGUUGUUGGUACAUCCAAAGAGCAGCCCGCCGUGCUUAUAGAGCCCGCGGAGAAAUUGGCCGAAAUGAGCGACCAAGACCGAACAGAUUCUGUGUGGAAUCUUGUGUCACAAGCUAAUGAAGUUUUGCCCGGCCAUGCGAAGGUCGACCAAGCACAUACAAAAGUUCUGGAAGAUACGGAAGCUUUCCUGCGAAGUACCAAAGGUGCUGUCCAAAGAAGACCGACAACACAGAAGCUAGAAGAUGCAAUUGAGAAGGUGUACCAAGAUGCUGAGGCAAGCCCACUUACACAUGAUCUCGACUUCACAGACAUGGAUGCCUUAUGCGUGGGAAUCACUGCAGCUCUAUCUGGAGUUGGUCUUCGCAACGCCGCGCAGUUGCAAAAAGAUGAGAAUCUUUUCUCCUAUGGCCUUGACUCACUUCAGACACUCAGACUUUCGAAGGCUUUUAAAACAAGUCUAAAGCAUCAUACUACCAGUUCUUCUCUGAAGACCAUGAUUUACAGCAGUCCGACCAUCAAGAAGAUUGCCUGCGCGCUGAUGAAGUUGCAGAAUGGAGAAGGCGUAGAAGUCCAAGACUCUCAGCAAGCUGGAGCUGAGAUGGAGAGGAUUCUUGAUGAUUGCCUUGGCUCUCUCGAGGAAGCGAACCUGAUUGCUGUUGAGAAUGCUUCCCCCUCUCGGACUGGAAAUCAUGUCUUGUUGACAGGCUCAACUGGCGGCUUCGGCAGUUAUAUCCUGGAUGUACUGAUGUCGAAGCCAGAGAUUAGCGUGACUUGUCUCAACCGUGCAGGCUCUGGCUCUGAGAAGCAGACGAACGUCAACGUUGAGAGGGGCCUGCGAGUUGACUUUUCACGCGUCGAGUUCCUCGAAAUUGAUCUCAACAAAGACUACUUUGGUCUACCGCAGGAGAAGUUUAAGAGAUUGCAACAGCGAGCCACGCACAUCGUCCAUAACGCAUGGCCUGUCAAUUUCAACCUCCCUGUCACGGCUUUUGAGGACCAGGUCUGGAUUUGCCGCAACCUCAUCGCUUUCUCCAUGCAAAGUCCCCGCAGACCUCAUAUUCAUUUCGUCUCUAGCGUCGGAGCAGCAAAUCGAUGGCACGAUGAACAUAUGGACUCAGUACCAGAGCAGCUAUUGGAAAACUUCUCCUUCUCCGAAAAUAUGGGCUACACACAAUCAAAACAAAUCUCCGAAUCACUCUUCGACCACGCAAGCACCAGAUACAACAUCCCAUCAACAAUCUGCCGCGUUGGCCAGAUCGCGGGACCAGUGGAAAAUCGUCAAGGUCGCUGGAAUGAAGCAGAGUGGUUUCCCAGCCUCAUCCGAAGUUCGAUAUACCUUGGCAAACUCCCAUCCAGUCUCAGUGCCAUGGGACGAAUGGAUUGGAUCCCCGUGGACAUCCUGGCAAAAGCUUUAGUGGAGACGCUGCUCGAAAAUGAUGAAUCAACACGUUCCGAUUCACCUGCCUCUCAAGAUGCAGGCGAAGCCAAAUCUGCACGAUUCAUCCAUCUGCUUAACCCACAACAAGCGGAUUGGCAACACAUCAUCCCGCAUAUCCAAGCAGUGCUGAGCAAAAGCUUGGAAAUUGUGUCUUAUAAAGAAUGGCUGGGUGAAUUGCGAACUUCCGCAGAGCAAGAACAUGAUGAAGCAAAUCCUGCAGUGAAGCUCAUCGACUUCUUCGGGGAAAAUGGAAAAGAGCUAAAGCCGAAGUUUUCAUCGGCUAGAGCGCAGGAAUUGAGUAAGACGUUGGCGACCUUGGGACCUGUUAAUGGACAGUGGAUGGAAUUGUGGAUGAAGCAGUGGGGGUUGGAUAGCAUUCGAGCGAAUUUGUAGAGUGAUUGGACUCGUAGGAGUAGAGAGGUUUCCAAAGGAAGCCGGGCUUCAGCCAACACUUUUUCCUCUCCCUUCCAAUAUCACGACUUUUGCGAGGAGAAGAAGAUCUUGCUCAAACGGGUGGUGGACAGAGUGUUUAACCGUGAGGUUCCGGCUGAGGCGUUUGGGGAUCUGUUUUCGAGUGCUCACAUUGGGAAGGCUGUUACAAAGAUCUGGAGCAGGAAUGAUUAUGGUAAGGCUGGAUAGUUUGAGCAAAGUGC